UCGCCUGCAGGGAGAGUUGGGGAGCUUUUAUUUCAUGACCGAGUGAGGGGACUUCAAAUGGGCAGCUUUCGAAACCCCUCGGCGGCAGUACGUGACAAAAAUGGUUAGCUUUAGCCGCCUGCUCCUGUUGGAUGAGUUUGUCCCGGGACUCCUUCAGCACCCGCUGCAGCUCGGUAACCCUUCCCUCCAGCUGUCAACGCAAACACAGAUUGGACGGUAAACAGGGUGAACGUCAUGGCGGGCGGCGAGGGGAGGCCACGCCUCACCUGCGCAGAGAAUUAGUCAGUUCUGGAGCUGCUGUAACUGUGGCAAUUCACCUCCUUUCAACUCGACAUUGGACUCCUCCAUCACGUGUGCGUCCGAGACUGGAUCAGAACGCCAUUUGCCAUGAACAACCCAUCUUCGUCCUACUUUGUGCCGCCUAACCAGCCAUUGCGCAAGCCGUCAUCCAACGCGGCCAUGUUUCCUUGGCAGGUCUCGCGGCCUAUAGGAGCCGGUCCAAAAUUGCCACCAGCCAGUGGGGAUACAACUGCCGCUUCACCUUUGCCCCGCUGCCACUUUUGUGGCAAUCAAGGGUCUUUACGUUGUUCUCGUUGCAAGAAGACAACAUACUGCUCCCCGGUGUGCCAGACGCAAGACUGGAAGGACCACAAACAGAUUUGUGUGCCCACUGAUCCACAGCCCGUGAGGGAGAAGCCGAAUCAGACCGCUGCUUCGGCAACGUUGGCAAGCAAUACCGCCCAUCCGGAUUCAAAGUCGGCAGAUGCAAUGGCCCCCCGCGGGGUUUACUUGAAGGACUUGCAUCCCAUCAAGCUUGAUAACGGAGCUGAUGUUCAGGCGGCCGUGGUGGAGUUCUACAACCCUGGCAGAUUUUUCCUCCAUGUCCAAAUCCCCGAGCUGCUACAGACGCUGCAAAUGAUCAGCAGCCAGCUCCAGAAGACCCCCAGCUGUCCGCCUGCCGCCCCUCCAUAUGUCCCCUGCGUCGGAGAGGUGUGCGCUGCACAGUUCUCCGACGACCUGGUUUGGUACCGAGGCUUGGUCCAGGAGUUGGCGGCUGACAAAAAAUGGGCUAACAUGCUUUACAUCGACUUUGGGAAUGAGGAGGACGUCCCUGUGGAGAGGAUGAGGCCGCUGCCUGCUGACCUGGAGCUGUUUUAUCCUUGCGCAAUGGAGUGUCGCGUUGCCGGCGUGGAACCGCUGAACGGCAGCUGGUCCGCCGAGUGCCGCUCAGCCGUCACUGCGCUUCUGGCCGGCAGGAUGCUGACUGUGCAACUGGUGGAAACGCUGACAAAUGUUCACGCGCGAGCCGUCGACAUUGAGCUUCCCACGGGAAAACGUCUGAGCUCAGUUCUCAUCGAUGGUGGUUUUGCGAAAAAAGCCAAUGAAGAUACAAACGCCAUCCUGAGCGCCGCCAUGGAAACCUACCAGCGUCAAUCUCAAGGGAAGGACGACAACGUGUGGGCUCAGCCACCCGAGACCCUCACGCAGGCCGUGGGGGACUCCUUCUCUGCCAUGUUGACACACUUCCUCUCGCCCAAUCACAUGAUUGUGCAGAAGUUGGACAAUACCGGUGACAUUCAAGAGUUGCAGCUGAAUCUGAGGCAGCAUUGCAGUCAGAUAGCCGCAUCCCAAAACUUUCGACCUGCGCCCGGCUCUGUCUGCUGCGCCCAGUUCUCAGUGGACCAGCAGUGGUACCGGGCCAAAGUGCUGGCGUACACGUCGGAGGAGCGCAUAUGCGUGGGCUACAUUGACUACGGCAACUCGGAGGAUGUACAUAUCAACUGCUUGAGACCCAUAAGCUCUUCGCUGCUCGCCUUGCCCAUGCAGGGCAUUCCCUGCGCUCUGGCGGGGAUCCAGCCUAUUGGCGAGAGCUGGUCCGAGAAAGCCCUGUUGGUCCUGCAGCGGAAGGCGUCCAACAGGAUCCUGGCCGUAGAGAUUAAAGGGUCGCACAAGGGCAAAGCUCUGGUCGUCAUGGUCGACUGCUCCAGCGACGUCCAGUGCAACAUCGCCGAGCUGCUCGUCACCGCCGGGUACGCCUCGCGUGCUCCCGUGAAGGCUGACGAUGGUGAACGGGCUGCUGCAGAACCACCCGCGCUGCUGCCUUUGUCGUUGUCCUCAAUUCCCGCAGAGGCACAGACGCGCCCCAAAAUUCACAGCGCACCAAGUCCUUCGGCCCAGCAGACGGAGAGAAGCAAUACUCCUCGGCCGGAAAUGCCCCCUGCUGUGGAGGUGAUUGUGGAAAAACCAGCGGAGGCAACUGCAAGCCCCGAGGAGACCGCCCAAAGCCCACAGCAGAUCCAAAACUCAGCAGACGAGUUCCAGAAAAAUGCCCCGAUCUCUGCACAUUUCUGCUCGAGUGCGGAGCCACAGAUUCAGCGUUUGGAGUUGACAAUGGAGCGUUUGGAGUUGACGGUGGAGCGUUUGGAGAGAUUAGUGGAGCUGCUUCUCUCCUCUUUUACGCAGUUUAGCGAACGUUUGCAGCUUUAAAACACUUUUCACCUUUUAUGCUGUUCAAAUAUCCUGACAAUCUCGUUCCGUCAGUUUUUUUACCAUCUCUUAUCUUAAGUUAGCGCUAUUACCCUCAGUUGUUCAGGUGGUCCAUUUGCUUUAGAUUAAAGUUCACUUGGAAGUUCA